AUGUUGCCAACUCCAAAAGAAUUUGCGGAUGCUGUCUUUGGUCAUGAACGAGUAUCUCUUCUUGAUGGAGGGCUACCUAAAUGGUUAGAAGAAGGUAGGCCGGUUGAGAGUGGUCCAAUCGACAUUGUUCAAAAAUCGUACAAAGUUCCAACAUUAAAUACAGCACUUGUGAGGCAUUAUAAUGAUAUCAGGAAAAAUAUUGACAAUGGUAAUGAUUCUCUAAAUUUUGAACAAGUUCUGGACGCUAGGCCUGAACCACGUUUCACUGGGGAUGCAUCCGAACCAAGGCCUGGACUCCCUAGUGGGCACAUGCCAUAUUCUAUCUCAGUACCAUUCAAUUCAAUCAUUGAUCCAAAUACCAACAAAACAUUGUUGAAUGAUGAUGAAUUGAAGAAACUCUUUAAAUCAAAGAAUGUCGACUUAGAAAAACCUAUUGUAUUAAGCUGUGGUAGUGGUGUCACUGCCACGAUGCUUUAUACUGCUUUGGAAAAAAUUGGUGCCAAAAAACUUGCAGUCUAUGAUGGAAGUUGGACCGAAUAUGCUGGUAAGGAAGGGUCUCCUAUUGUUGGUAGAAAAUGA